UGGUGCCUCACCUCGCUCGUCCUCCUCUCCGCGACCCGCUGGGCAGGUGUCGGGGGCCAGGAGUACCAGGUGCUGCAGUCCCAGGGCCCCGUGUCGGUGUCGGCGGGGGAGACGCUCGAGUUGAACUGCACCGUGCCUCUGCGUGGACCAGUAGGGCCAGUGAAGUGGUUCAUGGGCUCGGGCAGCGGCCGCCUGCUCGUCUAUGCAGAUACAGGGUCAUUGCCCCGGGUCACAAGGGCUGUGCCCAGCUCUACCUCAGACUACUCCAUAAACAUCAGUGACGUCCGCCCCGAGGAUGCCGGCACCUAUUACUGCGUGAAGUUCACGAAAGGAUCGCCUGAUGAGGAGUACCGAUCCGGAGCAGGCACAGCGGUGUCCGUGAGCGCCAGCCCGUCUGCCCCAUCCGUGUCCGGCCCCGCCAGCAGGGUCGAGCGGGGCAGCCCUGUGAACUUCACCUGCACGUCCGAAGGGUUCUCCCCCAGGGACAUCACCGUGACCUGGCUCUGGGACGGGGCCAAGCUCGCAGCCCAACCACCCCAGAUCCUCCCUGAGCAUGCGAGCGUCUCCUACCGCAUGUCCAGCACCGUGGCGAGGACGCUGACGGUCCGGGACAUCCACUCCCAGCUCACCUGCCAGAUCGAGCACAGCACCAUGUCGGCUCCGCUGCGGGGGACGUACAACCUCAGCCAGGCCCUGCGAGUCUCCCCCAGGCCCAGGCUGGCCACCAACUACUCUGGUGCCGUCCCCUUGAACGAGAUGGUGGUGUUCACUUGCACCCUGGUGGGGUUUUACCCCAAUGCGGCGAGGCUCACCUGGAUGGAGAAUGGGAAUGAGACCGAGCCAGAGAAAUCCCCGUCCCCGACGGAGAACCCGGACGGGACCUUCUCGCUGACGAGGACGCUGGCGGUGCGGGCGACCGAGCAGAGGAACCAGUCCUCGUUCACCUGCCGGGCCGUGCACGACUCCCAGCCCCCCACCAGCGUCACCCGCGUCCUGACAGUCGCCGCGACGAGCAACAAGGUGGAGGGGGAGCAGCAGGCAGACAAAAACGACGUCCAGACCAUAUACAUUGCCGUGGGAGUGGUCUGCCUCGUACUGGGCUUGCUGAUGGUGGCUGUCGUCUACCUCAUCUGGGCUAAGCAGAGCAAAGGUAAAAGCUCCCCUUCCGUUCGGCUACAUGAGUCUGAGAAGAGCAGCGGGACAGCUCCCCAGGACUCCGAGACCAACAACCUGACCUACGCUGACCUGAACUUCGACAAGGUGAAGAAGGACCAGCUGCAGAUCAUCGAGACGAGCCAGCAGUCUGAAUACGCCUGCAUCCAGACCAGCCCGCCGGCCGCCAGCGAGGACAACCUCACCUAUGCUGACCUGGACAUGGUGCAUCUCAGCCAGGCCCCCAAGCGGCCGGCCCCUCGCCCGGAGGAGACCGGCUCAGAAUAUGCCAGUGUCCAAAUCCAAAAGAAGUGAGCAAGGCUGUGGCUGUCUGGGGCUCCUGGGCACGGGGCAAAAUCCACCAGCCCCUCCCUUUGCUGGGCACAAAGACCUGAUCCUCAAGGAAGGCUCCUGGAGUGCGCUAGAUGUGCAAGCUAUGCUACCAGCCUUCAGCCGGACUGGACCACGACAGCCACGCUGCAGCUGCCCGGCGUUGCCCAGACUUCCACCGCGCGCCUGGGAGAGCCCCAGACAGCCCCAGACUCCACGCAGCUCUGUCCCUGGACCCAUAAAACACUUCUCUUCCCGCGGGGUUGGAGUCCCUCGGGCGCCGCGCACGGGGCUUCCUUGCAAGCGCAUUAACUGGUUGGGCCAUGUUUUCGGUGCGGCGCCGACACCACUGCCUACCCCACGGCACAGCUUCCUCCGAGCAGGGGCCGUGUCGCUCUAGCGGCCGGCAGCAUCCUCUGCGGGCCACCUUAGCCGAUCGCAUUCAUGGGGAAACUAGCCAGUGUGACUCAUCCUCCCUCCGGAUGGAGGAUAUUUCGGGAGUAAAUUUGGAGCGGAUGGCCCAGUCCAGGCUCUGGACUGCUGUAGAAGGCAGCCCAGCCGAGCGAAGUGGGGGGGUCUCUGAGAACAGGUCUCCCCAUUCCUCUCUCUGGGGAGAGGUCUCUCCGUCAAGCCAAGAUGACGAUUAUUCCUCUUCCCGGGACCCAAGAGCGCUCGGGUCAGGCCCAGUUUCACUGCCACCCCCGACCCAGACACCUUCCAAGCGCUUCCCGGGGAAGGGAAGUGCUCGGUUUGAAUAAGUCACUUCCGCUUCCACCCGUCUCUUUUUGCCCCCCGCAUCUUGUCUAGUCUCUCACUAGUGCCAAGGACACACGUGCGUCCUCGAGGGCUGUGGAGACUCCCUGGCUUUCCCCAAGAGAUCCAUAAAGCGAGGAUGUUUCUUGGCACUGGAGCGUCUUGGUCUGAGCACUGCCACUUCCCCAGUUCCCCCCAGGUGUUCACGCUCCGGGGGCACUGCCAGUGUCCUGGUCAUCAGCACCUGCAAAAGGAGGAGACUGGGACCCAGGGGCUUCCUAGCAGAGCUUGCACAGAGCCCAGACGGUAGCACAGGCUGACAGACUCUCGGGACUUCUUGUCGGCCAGUUCCUCGAGGGGCCCCGGCUCUGGCGUAGGUGAUCCCGGGAGCAGGAACAGUUAGAGCAAAGCCUGGAUGCACAAGGGGAGAGAUCCCCCAGAGCUAAUGUACAAGUCUCGGACAUGUAACUGUUAAUCUUUAGAGCUACAAACCAAUGUGUGUGUGUGUCGUGUGUGGGUGUACUGCUGUGUAUGUAGCACUAGGACAGGAUGUGCAAGAGGAAGGCUGGGGCACCGGCGAGGCCCAGGUGCCCGGCUGUGGUCGGGAGCCCUCUGUGAUCCCCGCUGGCACUAGCCGGGCGGUCGCGGGAGAGGGCGCAUGCUUCCAAUUGCAAAACAUUCCCGACGCAAGGCAGGCUUACGGCUCGCCACAGCCCCAGAGAAGUGACUCAGUGGAAACGCAGCCGUGAGCUGCCUUUCAGGAGCGGCGUCUUCCAUUUUCUCUGUGUGUGGGAGGCUGGAUGCAAUGCCCCGGCUUUGAUUUUCCCCAGAUCGUCAAGAGAUCCAGGGCUCAAGUUUCCAGGGGAGGAAAUUCCAGCUUGGGGCGCACAGCGGUCAACCCGCCCUGCUCAGCGCAGCCCUGAAUGUCGGCCUCUUACGUAUUCUUCCCAACACGUGGCAUUACCGAGGUACCAUUUCUUGAAGUAGGUUCAAGUGGGAAAAUAAAAAGAAGCUAUGAAUCUAGGUUCAGCCUGGCACAACAGGCUUGGCGAGAGUACUUUGUUCUAGCUGCUCUACCCCGCCAGGCCCGGAAGGGGUAGGGGUGGCUGGGAGAUGGAGAUGCAAUGUUUCUAAACCAGCUAGGGAACUAUUUGUACAGACGCCAACUUCAACUUCUUUUUUUUUUUUGCUUGCAAGAUAUUUUUGUAAUAAAAGGUGAAAAGUU